UUUGAGUAUUACAGUAGAUUUUUAUAAAAUUUAAUGGAAUGCAUUGUAGAUAUAUUUGUCCGUUUAAUUUACCAAUCUGUAUUUUUCCGUAAAAUACUUCGAUAAAAUGAUUAUUUCAAAUUAUUUAACAUGUAAAACGGUAUAUAUAUAUUGUAAGUGGUAGGAUAAAUAUGCUGGUAAACACCACUCACGUUAGAGUAAAACUCUCGUCACAAGGUCUGAUAAAAAUACCGUGGAAAGCAAACAUUUGCCUUCUUCCGAAGCACCUUUGGAAGACAUUGUUUUAUUUGAUAAUUGUAAUACUCUGGUAGAAGUUACCGUGAAAACGAAUGGUCGUAAACGUACGUCAACAAUGGUUAGCAGCAGUCCUACCAGUCAUAAAGGAGUAGAGGAAAAAAGAAGACCUGGUAGCAACGGUGACUCUCAGCAAAGCUGGUGUCGAGUUUUAAGAGAACAAAAUCGAACAACUGUGAAGCAAAGUUUACAACAAUCUGCAGGGCGAAUACUAGCUUCAAAGUCAACAAAACAUGCAAAUGAAACUAAAGAAACGAAGAAACAUUCCUUGAAUCAUCAAAGACACGAGCAUAAACAUUUGGAUGAAAUUCCUGUCAAACAAUCGGUUUCUCAAAAGAGAGGGGAAGAACAGAUAAAAGGCACACCACGUACUACUAAUCCAUCGACAGCGUCGCUUCCAAGUUCUGUAGAGUCUAUUCUAGUUCUUGACAGAGGUGUACAAUGCGGUGGAAUAUUUGAUUGUAGCGAUGAUAGAUUUGGUGCAUUCAAUCCAGUUCGUACAUUAGGCUUUUUAAUGAAGGAAUUGGAACACUCUGUCAAGGAUGAUAAAGCUAGUAAAAUUCUUACCGAUAUGGAACAAGCAUUGCUCAGAAUACCAACAGAAUCUGGAAAAACAUCUUUUGUGGAUAUAGAGGCUAUGACGCUUCGUACAAAAUUAGAAAGAACUACGAUGCAGUUGGAAGAAACAAGUCGAAAAAUGAAUACAAUGUGUGAAACAUUGCGCGAAGAACGAGAUUGUUUACAGCGACAAGUUUAUAAACAAGUUUUAAUGUUAAAUGAAGCUCGAGAAAGGCAGUUAGAUUUAGAAACAACUCUAAAAACAUUAAAACAAGAAUUACAAGAAGCAAUGAAAACGGCUCAAGCUAGAGAUAAGAUAAUAACCGAAUUAAAAGAAGAGAUCAAGGGCAAUGAAUUUUCUCAAAAAGUCGUAACGGAUUUAAGAACAAAGUUUGCGGAACAAGCGGAGCUUGCAAGGCAAAGGCACUUAGAGGUGCAAUAUUUAACCCUUGAAAAAGACAAACUUACUGUUUUGUGUUCGUACAAGGAUUCGUUAUUAAGUGAACUCCGUAAUGCAAUCAAGGAGUUGCAGCAUCAAAUCGCAGAUCAGUUAAGUAAUUUAAAUAUUUAUGUUCACGAAGAAAAUACCAAUCCACAAAUCUCAUUGGUUCACGGUGGUCUUGCGUGUUCAUCUCCAACUUCUACUUCUUCCCGCGAAUCAAAUAUACCCAUUUCUUGGCAUGAUACAUCGGAUGUUUCCUUAUCUACCGUGGAUCACAUUCCUCCGAAAAAUAGAGACGUACAGAAAUUUUUAUACGAGCCGGAAAAAGUAUCGGCUGUUCCGGAAAACUAUGUUGGGAAUUUGGAAAAGAAACGAUCAAAACAUAUUAUGGAAUCUCAAGCGAAAGAUUCCGUUAACUUAGAGUUUAUUAGUUUACCUGGUGGAGAAUCUUCGCUUACGGUUUUACCUUCUUACAAAGAUCUUGGUUGUGCAGAAAUUAGCCAAUCAGUUCAUAAAGGGAAGGAAGAUAUAACAACGUACAAUAACAAAAAGAACGAUAAUGUACAUAAUUCAAAGAGUAUCGGUAAAAUAUCUUUGCCAGAACGUUUGAAUUCGCCUUCUGAGAAAGAUCACGAGAAAGAACCACGUAUGAAGGAUUCGUCGAAAAAUCGAAAGUCUUCGGGAUUACAAAAGAAACAAAGUUGUGAGAAAAAAUCGGCUGUAAUCGGAGACGCUUCUAAUAUUUUAAAAAGUAAUUUACCUCACAAUCUAUUAGGUUCUACUAUAUCGGAACAAUUUCAGAAUAUGUUCCAGGAUAUUCGGAUUCAAAGUAGAAUGCCCGUUAAUGUACCAAGCCCGCCAAGGAAUUAUCCCCAUCCUGACUGGAGCGAUAGUACUUUACCCAGUAUCAGUACUGCUUCCGAAUUAUCCCUUUAGCUGCGAACGCUACGUAUCGACUAUUAUCAUUUGCAAAGUCUGCGUAUACACGGUCAUGAUCGAAGCAAGGACUUUGUUUGAUCUGACAAGAUACAGCUAAUAGUUCGAAGUAGUCAAUGUCGAGUAACGACGGAGAAUUUGACUCUUUAUCGCAUUUAUCGUUAUACCGAGCUACGGUGCCACGCACAGGCAGUAAUUCUUCAGUCGAAGCGCGUUGCAGCUAAAGUGCAUUACUAAAUCCUUUCCACAAAAUAAUAUGCAGUGCCUUCGUUCAAUGAAAUUAUUUUUUAUCCACGGAAACUCAGUUUCAGGAAACAUAAAAAUUAAAUUAUAUUUUUAUGAUCUCAAUGAUUUAACAAUAUAAUUUUAAGUGAUA